AUGCCUGUUGAUACCAAUAAACGAUACCAAAUAUUUUACUGUCCACCGGUGGUUUUACCACCUCAAGUACAACGUCCAGUACCUAGACAGCAAUCAUAUAAUCAAGAAUUACAAUCAGCUGUUUGCUCAUCAUCACAUCGUCCACAGGUUAACCUACAAUCAUCACCAUUGAUACCAAUUAAGUUAACAACAUCACCUAUUGAAGUUAAGAUAUCAUCAUCUUCUUCAUCAUCAUCAUCAGCAUCUUCAUCGGGAUCAUAUAAAAGUUCAGAUAAAACGAUUAAAAUUUCAAUAACAAGGAAAAAAUUGAAGGUGACUCGUGGUGGUGGUGGAAAUGGUAACGGUGUUUCUAGUAGUAAUAAUGAUCGAACUGACCAUGUUGACCUGUUAACUUCGAUACUCAAACCAGGAAAAGAUUCUAAUGGCUCGAAUGGUUCAAAUGGUUGCAAUGGAAAAACGAAAGAAUUAUCAACCUCAGUACCUCAAAUUUUACCCAAAAUUGAAAUUUCACCUUCAACUUUGUCAAUUUGUCCACCGGUUGAUCGUAAAUUGUCACCAAUGUGCUGCUAUUGUGAAAAAUAUUUCGAAAAUUGUGAAAUGUUAACUAGUCACAUGUUAUCCUUUCAUUAUGCCACAAAGAUGAAUGGUGUUUAUACCUGUUCUAAAUGUGAAACUGUUUACCGUCAACACGAUGAUUAUAUAAUCCACUGUUUAAACAUUCAUAAUAUUUAUCUUAAUGAAACACCAACAGAAGAUCCGUUUACAUCAAUUUACAAAUUACCACGAAAGUGUAACAUUUGUAACAAUAUUUUCAACACUUUUCCAGAGAUUAAGGAGCAUUUCCCAAUCCACCAAGGGGAACCCACCACGUAUAAAUGUCGAUUAUGUAGGAAAUACAUUUGUAACCUUUCACAUCUCAAGCAGCACCUUGAAUCGAUCCAUUUUGUUGAAUUUGAAUGCUCACCACCGACUCUACUUACAAAUUCACCAUCUAAUACACAACCACUUAGAAUUUUAUCUUCCACCUCACCACCUUCAUCUACACCAACCAAUGGAUCUUCAUGUUCAAUAUUCAAGGCCCACUGA